GCCACUUAUGACCCACAUUUUAAUGGUAUUUUGGCCAACAUGAAAUUAUUAACUAGGUGGCCUGUUUAACAUGAUAUACUUAAAUGAAGAGACCCCUACUGUCCCUUCCUGGUUUUAUAAAGAUGUACUCCAUACAAUCAAGUACUUUUUAUAUUAUAUGAAAAUAACAAAUGUCUAGGACUACAAACCAUUGCUUUAGUUAUUUACUAUAAAGGGCGAGAUGAUGUUUGAUCCACCUGAUUUUCCUUACAAAGACUUAGGUGAUACUUUAGGAGAACACUAUGCUCAAGAUGACCUUAUGUUUAACUGUAAUGACCAAAUGAAUGAUAUGAAUAAAGAGUUGGUGACUGUUACAGAGGAAAUGAUAUCCAAUGUAGAAAAUCAACUAAUUUUUCAGUCCAACGACGCCGGCAGAUAUUUUAAUAUGGAUAGUUCACCAACACUCCCUAAAAACACAAAUAUUUCGAAUCAAAAUACUUCUCUUUACAUUGUACAGCCGGAUCAUAUUUUGAAUUUCGAGCCAACAUUGUUAGACGAAAAUACAGUGAAUCAGUUUUUAUUACCGGCACAAAGCAGUUCAAACAAGGAUGCUGUAAGCAAUGAGCCUAAUUUACUAGCUCUACAUUCGUGUGUCAUAUGUCACGAAAUAUUUACUUCUGAUGCCGAUCUACUGGACCAUACGAUUUCUUAUCACGCUACGAGAAGUACUGACUCUACAGAUCAAAACGAUAUACUUUUGCCAAAUGAAGGUGGCACAGCAACGCUAACUGGAAGUAAUGAUGAACCUAAAACAAGCAAUUUGGACUUUGAAUCGGAUUGGCUCGUAUGUUCAAUUUGUGAACGCGUUUUGUCAACUGCUCUCGAAGUAGAGCCGACAGAACAACUGUGCUGCAACGAUGGCAGCGGUAAAAGCAGCGUGUCGUCACGCAAACUGCUCACGAUGUAUGUCUGUGAGUUCUGCAGUGGUCUCUUCGCCGAUGGAGAGGCCUUGGAUAGACACCGCCUUAGCUGUUACAACGCAGAAGAUCAGAAUUAUUAUUUGGAAGAGCUGGCCAUAGCUGAUGCAGCGAAUUCAUCUCCACCGCCUGGUCUGGCUUACAACUGUGCAUGCGGGAAGCAGUACCCAACUCCUGAAGAGCUGAAGAUCCAUACUGCGCAGGGGCAGUGUCAGAAACCGGUGACUAGGAACGUAAGACGGACGUAUUCCACAGCGAAUUCUAAUAAGAUGUGGAACUGUGGAUCUUGCAACCAACUCUUUGCUACAGCCAGGGAGCUGUAUAGGCAUAAAAGAGGGGAAGACAGGUCGCCUGGCGCUCCACUCAUGGCUUACGUCUGUGAGGAGUGUGACAAGGUUCUAGGAAGCAUGUGCGCUUUACAUACACACAAAAAAAUGCACAAAGUGUCUAAACCUGGUUACCCGUGCAGGAUUUGCGGGCGGCGUUUCAACCAGUCCGGGCACCUCGCCAUCCACAUGAGGAUGCACACCGGCGAGAGGCCCUACCCGUGUGAUCUGUGUCCUAAGGCCUUCAAAGUCAAGGUGGAGCGCGACGACCACCGCCGGACGCACACUGGGGAGCGACCCUUCGCGUGCUCAGCGUGCUCGAAGACGUUCACCGCCGCCGCACGCUUGCGUGAACACGCACGCAUUCACACAGACCAAAGACCGUACCGCUGCGAAAUCUGUGGCGCGGCGUUUCGUCGUCCUUAUGCGCGGACCGUCCACACCCUCAUACACACCGGAGAGAAGCCGCAUGAGUGUGACGUGUGCGGCACUGCGUUCAGACGUUCCGGCGAUAUGUGGAAACACAAGAGGACACUUCACGGGGUUCCUGCGGGAACCGAUUCAGAAUACAGAAAAACAUAAAAUUCUAACCGUCACCUUGUAGGUGGUCUCUGAUAACAGAGUUGUGCUUUGGAUAGGAGACUUAUCUGCAAAAGAUGUAAAAAUGUAUUAAAACUGACUUUAAUAAAUAAUAAUAUAAAAUACCUACAUUGUGUAUUACCUAUUAAUUCACAGUGGGACGUAUUAGCUUACAAAAUUGAGAAAUUUUCAAAAGAAACCUACUUUAAAUAAUGAAUAUUAGUCCUAAUCGUCGUAAAUAGCUUUAGGAUAUAAAAUAUGUCAUACUUUUGUCUCUAGAAAUAUACGGAAAACUAUUCUCGUUAGGUAGGAGCAGAAAAUUGUAUGUACAUAUGCCAUGCAUUUUAUUUUACAGAUUUUACACUGAUGUAAGUACUAAAAAAAUGUUCUCGGUAGGGACAAUACAGAAAUAUGAAAUUAACAAUUGAAAUUGCAUUCUACUAUUAUCUCUUCAACUUAGUACCUGAAGUGAGACAUAAUAUAUUAUUUAUGUAUAUGUAACGGCUCAACCCCGAAGGCCGACCGGCUUACCCUAGGAUAUGCCAGCUAAACCUAGUUGUGUCUACACCUAAGUUUAGCCGACUAGACCUAGGUCUAAAAAAAUUAAAAUUACCAACUUUAACUUUUAACCGUAACAUAUACACUGAAGGCACUUUAUAUUCGUUUGUAUGCCUCGUAUUUUUUACAAUCAACCUCGUGUGCAGUGCGACACAAUAUGUGUGUAGUUUUUUUACUAAAAUUUUCCAAAUUUUAAAGGCAAAUGGAAUAAUGAUUGUAAAUUGAUGAUAACUAUAGUUUGAUUAAUUAUAUUCGACUUAGGCCUCAGUAACCACAUUAUUCUGUUUUCACGGUUUUGUUCACUUAGAAUAGGAAUGACUUUUGUCUUGAUAUAUAAUAGUAGCCAUACUUACUCUCCCGUUGAUCUGUAGCUUAUUAUAUUUUUAAUGAAUUGAUUUCGUGGUAUUGUUGUAAGUUUGUGGAAUUAAGGGAACCUAAUAUCUAGGUUGAUUAUCGCACGAAAUCAACUCUUAAAAAUAAAUUGAUGCAAAUGUAGUUAUUUGUUACACAUACCAAAUGUAAUUUUACUUCAAAGACUACUCUACAUAAUUAAUUUUUAAAUAAUUUAAAGGAAACAGAUAUUAUAUAACAUAAUAAAAAGUUUUAAAACUAA